UUUGCAAUUCGAAAAUUUAGAUUUACCACAACAAGGAACCAAGGAAAACAACAAUCACCUGUCAAGUUGGGCUGUGAAUUUUAUAUUAUUUUAACAUAAAGAAAGCAUGGGAAGCUCUCAAAGCGUGUUUUCAGAACAAGAAUUAAACGAUUAUCAGGAUUUGACGUAUUUCACUAAGAAAGAGAUCCUACAUGUUUUUAAGAGAUACAAGGAUUUAUAUGAGGACAGUGCUGAUGAAAACAAUAAAAAGACAUCAAGUCUGGAUAAAGACAAGAUUUUAAAACUACCAGAAUUAAAGGUAAACCCUUUCAGUGACAGAAUUGUAAAAGUGUUCUCCUCGAGUGGAGAUGGUAACAUGACGUUUGAAGAUUUCCUCGACAUGAUGUCUGUAUUCAGUGAUGGUGCACCCAAGAAUGUAAAGGUGGAAUAUGCAUUCAGAAUUUAUGAUUUUGAUGAAGAUGACAUGAUUUCGGAUCAAGACCUGAAAGAAGUAGUAGACAGAUUGACAGGGGAGCAAAACCUCAGUAAAGAUGAAAUGCAGCAGCUUAUUGAUAAUAUUCUAGAAGAGGCUGAUUUGGAUGACGAUGAUUCCCUGUCAUUUGCUGAGUUUGAACAUGUUAUAUCAAAGGCACCAGAUUUUAUCAACUCCUUUAGAAUUCGGCUGUAGAAUGGAUUAAUGAAACAGAAAAAGAUCUGUGAUAGACGUGACGAUCAACCAGACAACUGUUAUAGUUUUCUCUCUGUCUAGACUCAGUAGCAUAAUAGUUAUACAUUGUCAUCUUUUUUAGUACUUUCCGAAAUUUUAAAUAUACAAUAUUUUUGUACAAACUUGUCUAUUACAUUCAUUAUCUUAAUAUGUUUAUCUUUACAGUUAACCAUCUAAAAAAUAGCUAGUAAUCAGGUUUUUUGUGUUGUUUUUUUUAAUUAGAAAAUGCAUCUUCAUAAUUUGGAAUUUUCAUUUAUGUAUUCUCAUCUUAAAAAUAUAUUAAAUUUUUAUCUUUAGAAAGUAGCUUCUGGGAUAGGUCACUUUAAUCUACAUUCCAUUAAGAUUUCUUCAUUCAGUCAGAAAAUCUUUGUUGUAGAGGGUAUCUUUAUCUUAUAGACACAAUAUAUUAUAAUAUCUGUUUUUCUAGCAAAGUUACAAUUAAAUUCAUAAAAUAGAUUCAUUCAUUUAAGCAUUCAUUAUAUGUAUAUACUCUAUGCAAUUGUUUGUGUGUUCUCAGGUUUGUCCUGGAUUUGUUUCUUUACAUAUUUGUGUAUAGAUCUAGAUUUUAUAUUGUGACAGUAAUAGUCACAAAAAAAUAAUAAAAAGCAUUCUUUACAAUUUUUCUCUUGAUAUAUUUUAUUAUGACAAUUGUGUUUGUUCUCUGUAUUAAUUAUUUGAUUUUAUGACAGUUUAGUGGAUUAUUGACACAUCAGAGUAGGUUUUCUUUAAUCGUUGAAGGAUUUUAGCACCAUGGAACCUUGAUAUUUUAAUUCCUAAGGUUGGUCUCUCUCGAAUGAUUUUCACUCAAGUAAUCAUUUUGGAGAGACCCAUCUUAAGAAAUAAAGGAUAGCAAAUCAAAUUAGUUUGAAGGGAAAACACUAUUUUACAUUUUUAAAGUAUUUAAAAGUGCACUUCUACUUUGAAAACACAAAAAAACUGUUACUAAAUAGGUUUCAGAGUUUUAUGAUAUGUAUAACAUUUUUGUUACAACGGAUUUACAUUUGAAAACAAUGCUAAAAAAGAAAAAAAAAACAAUUUUUAGACUUGGGCUUUAUUUUAUAAUACAUUUAAAUUUGAGCAAUUGUUUGUUUUCAAUUUUAUCAGAAGUGAGUAUUUUACAAUUCUAUAGUCAAAAAUUGAGUAAAUGAAUAUUCCUAAGGUGUGUUAAAGGGCAUUUUACCAUUUUACAUUGAAAACUGAGGAUUUGUGAUGGAAACCUUUCAUUUGGUUUAAAACAUUGAGAAUGUAAUGGAUCCUGCGAUUGCAAGUAAAUGCCAAUUUGUUUUCAAAUAAAUUAUACAAUGUGUUCCAUUGUGCUUCUUUUACAGAUGAACUAUAGAUAUAAAUGUUUUACAAUAUAAUUUUAGCAUUGUAUUUGGUCAUAUUUUUCAUCAUUUUACUUUUAAGUAAAUUUGGUUUAUAUGUUACCAAUUGUUAUUUGUUGAAUUCCAUAUGUUCUAUGUUUAAUUUUAAUGUAUGUUACAUUUAUAUAAAAUGUAUAUUUUAUUCUAUAGCCACAAGGUUGUGAAUAAUGAUAAGAUAUUAUAACCCUUAUUGUUUAUAAUUUGGUACAGAAUGUUAAUGCAAGAGCAAACCAUGCUCACUUCACAUUUGAAGACAUUGGAAUUCUGCUUUAAAAUCUUUAUUAAAAAAAAAAAGCAGAUUCUAUGGAUUUAUUAAUUUUCAUAGAUACUUAUUUCUUUGGAUUAAGAACAAAUUCUGUUUUUGUGGAUAUUUGAUUUUGACAGAUUAUCCAUACAAGUCUAUAUGGAAAUACAUAUUUUGUUUAUCACAAAAAUUGAUGGAUUGCCUAUACCAACAAUGUAUUCCAAAAGAUCACAUAAAUUUGAUUCUCCUAUUUCAAUUACAGAGGACUAGUAUAGGCACCGCUAAAUUUAAGUUGAAUAGCCUUUAUCAGACAUAACAUGUCUUUAACAACAACUGAAAGACUGCCGAGGAAGUUUUUCUUCAUGUGAAUUUUUGUAUAAUAUUUUUAUUCAAUAUGUACUUUAUUCAUCAUACUUUUUUCAUCAUACUAUUUUCUUAUAAGUUAGAAGCAAUAAACAAUCAUUUGUUUUUA